GUUCUCCAGUGCCACAGACUCAGUCACCACAGUCUCUCUUAUUGGGUGCUAGACUGCAGAGCGCCCCCACCCUCACUGAUAUCUAUCAAAACAAACAGAAGCUUAGAAAGCAGCACUCUGACCCUGUGUGUCCAUCCCACACUGGGGCUGGCUACAGCUAUUCACCUCAGCCCAGUCGGCCUGUCAGCCUUGGAACCUCUCCCACCAAGCACAUGGGAUCAUCUCCACGGAGUUCUGAUUGGUUCUUUAAAACUCCUUUACCAACAAUCAUUGGCUCUCCUACUAAGACCACUGCUCCUUUCAAAAUCCCUAAAACACAAGCGUCUUCCAACCUGUUAGCCUUGGUUCCUCGUCAUGGGCCUACUGAAGGGCAUUCCAAAGAUGGGAGUGAGCCACGUGAAUGUUCCCAUUGCCUGUUAGUACAAGGAAAUGAGAGGCAUCGGUCUGAGCAGCAGAGCAAGACAGUAUUUGGCAGAUCUGUCAGUACUGGAAAGUUAUCAGAUCAGCAAGUGAAAGCACCUUUAGGUGGACACCAAGGCAGCACGGAUAGUUUAAAUGCAGAACGACCGAUGGAUAUAGCUCCUGCAGGAGCCUGUGGCGUUGUACUGGCACUGCCAGCAGGAACAGCAGCAAGUUCCAGGGCUGUCCUCUUCACUGUGGGGUCUCCUCCACACAGUACCAUGGCCCCUACUUGUACCCAUAUGGUCCUACGAACAAGAGCCACCUCAGUUGGGUCCAGUAGCUUGGGAGGCUCCCUUUGCUCUGCGAGUGGCCGUGUGUGUAUGGGCUCGCCGCCUGGGCCAGGCUUGGGUUCUUCCCCUCCAGGAGCAGAUGCAGCUCCCAGUCUGAGAUAUGUGCCUUAUGGUGCUUCACCUCCCAGCCUGGAGGGGCUCAUCACCUUCGAAGCCCCAGAACUACCAGAGGAGACACUGAUGGAGCGAGAGCACACAGAUACCUUACGCCAUCUGAAUGUGAUGCUGAUGUUCACUGAGUGUGUGCUGGACCUGACAGCCUUGAGGGGAGGAAACCCUGAGCUGUGCACAUCUGCAGUGUCCUUGUACCAGAUUCAAGAGAGUGUGGUCGUGGACCAGAUCAGCCAGCUAAGCAAAGACUGGGGGCGGGUGGAGCAGCUGGUAUUAUACAUGAAAGCAGCACAGCUACUUGCAGCUUCCCUGCAUCUUGCCAAAGCCCAGAUCAAGUCCGGGAAACUGAGCCCGUCCACAGCUGUGAAACAAGUUGUCAAAAAUCUGAAUGAACGAUACAAAUUCUGCAUCACCAUGUGCAAGAAACUUACAGAAAAGCUGAAUCGCUUCUUCUCUGAUAAACAGAGAUUUAUUGAUGAAAUCAACAGUGUAACUGCAGAGAAACUCAUCUAUAAUUGUGCUGUGGAAAUGGUUCAGUCUGCAGCCCUGGAUGAAAUGUUUCAGCAGACUGAAGAUAUUGUUUAUCGCUACCAUAAAGCAGCCCUUCUGUUAGAAGGCCUAACUAAGAUUCUACAGGACCCUGCAGAUAUUGAAAAUGUACAUAAAUAUAAAUCUAGUAUUGAAAGAAGAUUGUCAGCACUCUGCUGUAGCACUGCGACUGUGUGAGCAGCAGGCUUAUCUAUGGACCACUGUGGGAGCAUGAGUAAAGGAUCAAUUCAGCGAUCACACAGGGAGGGAGCAACAGAAGUCACAUAAGAACCGGCAGAGGCCGUGCAGGAGUCCACCACAAAGCAAGGAUGAACUGGCCUCCAGCGCCCUGUCCUGGUCCUGAGUGAGGCUAUCUGGUGUGCUGGGCAGGUAGAUUUAUUUGUAGUUUUUUUCCUUUACCUAGAAACCCUCUUAGCCCAGUUUCAAUGUGCCAUGAAGAUCUUUUGUUACUGAAUGUGUCCUCUUUUGACAGCUCUCCCAGCAUGGCCCAGAAUGGAUCUGGAGCAGUGGAGGUUGAGCUGGUGACAGCCCAGGUCAGGAAGGCCUCAGGCUUGGCUUGACCUGCAGGCUCUUCUGCAGUCUGUGUGUGGGCUGAUGGGGCUGAUGGGCAGGCCUCUCCCGGGCAAGGCCACCUCUCUGUGACAGUCCUAAGCUGACAUAUCAUGAGGAGAUGUCAGCUUGAACACUCACCUGUUGAAAACUGCUGUCUCCACCUCUUUUGGGGUUUCUGCAACUCAGUUUGGCAGCUUAGCUUGGGGGCUGCAAACUCCAGCUCUGACCUCUUCAGUCCUUGGGCAAGUUUUUCCAUUCUUUUCAUUUCCUUUCCCUUCCUUUUCUUCCUCUGUCUCUCCCUCUCUCCCUUCUCCCUCCCUCUCCAUC